UUAAAAAAAAGAAAAAGUGCGAGGAGAGAGAGAGAGAGAGAGAGAGAGAGAGAGAGAGCAGUUUAUGAGAAGUUUCCUCGCAAUUUCGCAGCACCGUUUCGCAUCGGCUCUCCUCUAUUCUCACUCAACUGGAUUCGCUGAGGCGGUUGGUUUUUUUCAGAGAUAAGCCGUGUCAUCUCUCCUGCGAACAGAAUCCGAAAUGAACGAGGACUACAAGUCGUCGCCGUACAGGCGACACCGGAAUGACCUUGAAGCCGGGAACAGUACCCGAGACUAUGACUUGGACGAUGAUGAAGGUUCGGGGCCGUUUGAUAUAGUACGAACAAAAAGUGCUCCGGUCGACCGCUUGCGUAGGUGGAGGCAAGCAGCGCUUGUACUUAAUGCUUCUCGGCGAUUUCGGUAUACAUUGGAUUUGAAAAAAGAGGAAGAGAGGAAGCAGUUGGUUGCAAAAAUUAGAAUGCAUGCUCAAGUCAUCCGGGCAGCUGUUCUUUUUCAAGCUGCUGGGCAGGGUCAAACUGGUCAAGGAUCAGCCAAGUUACCUUCAACCCCAAAUCGGAUUGGUGAUUUUGGUAUCAGUUCUGAGGAGCUAGUUGCAAUGUCCAGGGAGCAUGAUCUCUCUCUUCUGCAGCAGUUUGGAGGGGUUAAUGGAGUGGCUCAGAAGCUAAAUUGUAAUGUGGAGAAAGGUGUGCCUGGAGAUGAGACUGACUUAAUAGAACGGAAGAAAGCUUUUGGAUCUAACACAUAUCCUCGGAAGAAAGGGCGAAGUUUUUGGAGAUUUGUCUGGGAAGCCUGUCGAGACACUACAUUAAUCAUUUUGAUGGUUGCUGCAGCAGCAUCCCUAGCGCUUGGCAUAAAGACGGAGGGCAUAAAGGAAGGUUGGUAUGAUGGAGGAAGCAUUGCUUUGGCAGUCCUUAUAGUCAUUAUAUUUACAGCUGUAAGUGACUACAAACAAUCACUUCAGUUCCAAAACUUGAAUGAGGAGAAGCAGAAUAUACAAAUGGAGGUAGUUAGGAAUGGGCGCAGGAUAAAAAUAUCAAUAUUUGAAAUCGUUGUUGGGGAUGUUGUGCCUCUCAAAAUCGGCGAUCAGGUACCUGCCGACGGAUUGGUAAUCUCUGGUCACUCCCUUUCAAUUGACGAAUCAAGUAUGACUGGAGAAAGUAAAAUUGUACACAAAGACUCAACUAAAGCACCAUUUCUUAUGUCGGGAUGCAAAGUUGCUGAUGGAUAUGGAAGCAUGCUGGUCACAAGUGUUGGAAUAAACACAGAGUGGGGAUUACUUAUGGCAAGCAUAUCAGAAGAUAAUGGUGAAGAAACACCAUUGCAGGUAAGAUUAAAUGGGGUUGCUACAUUCAUUGGUAUAGUGGGUCUUGCAGUGGCAGUGGCUGUUCUGAUUAUCCUUGUUGCCAGAUUUUUCACUGGGCAUACAACUGAUCCUCAAGGCAGACCCCAAUUUGUAGCAGGGCAAACUAAAGUUGGUGAUGCCAUAGAUGGCUUCAUAAAGAUUUUCACUGUUGCAGUGACUAUUGUUGUUGUGGCGGUGCCUGAAGGUCUUCCUCUGGCUGUUACUCUGACGUUGGCAUAUUCAAUGAGGAAAAUGAUGGCUGACAAGGCAUUGGUGAGGAGGCUAUCAGCCUGUGAAACAAUGGGAUCUGCAACCACAAUUUGUAGUGAUAAAACUGGGACCCUAACUCUCAAUCAGAUGACAGUAGUUGAGGCAUAUGCUUGUGGAAAGAAAAUUGAUCCGCCUGACAAUAAAUCUCUUGUUCCAUCGAGGGUCAUAUCGUUACUUAUUGAAGGCAUUGCUCAAAACACAACUGGAAGUGUUUAUGCAUCUGAGGAUGGUGGAGCUUUGGAGAUUUCCGGGUCACCAACAGAGAAGGCCAUUCUGCAAUGGGGAUUGAAUCUUGGAAUGGAUUUCAAGACUGCCCGUACAAAUUCAGACAUCAUCCAUGCAUUCCCGUUUAACUCAGAGAAAAAGCGUGGUGGUGUUGCUGUAAAACUGUCAGAUUCUGAAGUUCAUGUGCACUGGAAAGGUGCUGCUGAAAUUGUUCUUGCUUCUUGUACAAGUUACAUAGAUUCGGAUGAUAAAGUUGUCCAGAUGGAUGAUGAUAAGUUAUUAUAUUUUAAGAAAGCAAUUGAAGAUAUGGCUGCAGGAAGUUUGCGCUGUGUUGCUAUUGCCUAUAGGAUGUGUGAAGUAGAGAAACUUCCAACCACUGAUGAGGAACUAGAAAACUGGCAGCUCCCUGAGGGAGAUCUUAUUUUGUUAGCGAUUGUUGGUAUCAAGGAUCCUUGUCGACCAAAUGUGAGAGAUGCAGUUCAGUUAUGCAUCAAUGCUGGCGUUAAAGUUCGCAUGGUGACUGGGGACAAUCUUCAGACAGCUAAAGCAAUUGCUUUAGAGUGUGGGAUUUUAAGAUCAAUGGAUGAUGCUACUGAGCCAAAUCUUAUAGAAGGAAAGUCAUUCCGUAACUUGACUGAAGCACAAAGAUUAGAAGUGGCUGAUAAGAUUUCGGUCAUGGGAAGGUCAUCACCCAAUGAUAAACUUCUGCUUGUGCAAGCUUUGCGGAAGAGGGGGCAUGUUGUUGCAGUAACAGGAGAUGGCACUAAUGAUGCCCCUGCACUUCAUGAGGCUGAUAUUGGUCUAGCAAUGGGAAUUCAAGGGACAGAGGUUGCUAAGGAGAGCUCGGAUAUCAUUAUAUUGGAUGAUAAUUUUUCCUCUGUUGUGAAGGUUGUGCGAUGGGGUAGAUCAGUGUACGCCAAUAUCCAGAAGUUUAUACAAUUUCAACUUACAGUUAAUGUUGCAGCUCUAAUUAUCAAUGUUGUGGCUGCUAUUUCUUCUGGUAAUGUUCCACUCAACGCAGUGCAGCUUCUUUGGGUAAAUCUUAUCAUGGACACACUUGGCGCCCUUGCUCUGGCCACAGAACCUCCUACAGAUCACCUUAUGUCUAGACCUCCCGUUGGUAGAAGGGAACCUCUGAUAACAAAUAUCAUGUGGAGGAAUUUGCUAAUACAGGCUCUCUAUCAAGUAACGGUUCUUUUAGUCCUCAAUUUCCGGGGAAGGAAAAUCCUGAAUCUAGAGACCGAUACCAGCGACCAUGCUUUCAAAGUGAAGAACACACUGAUUUUCAAUGCAUUUGUUUUCUGUCAGAUAUUUAAUGAGUUUAAUGCUCGAAAGCCGGAUGAACUCAAUGUUUGGAAAGGAGUAACUAGAAACCAUCUCUUCAUGGGGAUAGUUGGGCUUGAAGUGGUACUUCAGGUUAUCAUCAUCUUUUUCCUUGGAAAGUUCACAACAACAGUCCGGCUCAGUUGGAAACUGUGGCUUGUUUCAAUUGUAAUUGGCUUUAUCAGCUGGCCUCUUGCUAUGGUUGGAAAACUUAUACCUGUACCAGAGAGACCAUUUGGUGAAUAUUUUACCAAGAAAAUUCGGAGAAACAAGGAGUCAAGUGGCAAGGAAAAUGCAGCUAUGGAGGAAGGAGGCUGACUUUUGUACAGACAACAUGACAGAGAUACAAUACAUAAAAAAAGAGAAGAAAUCAACUAACUUUUUUUUCUAGGUGUGCUGUUCUGUUUCAAAUUUGAACUAACAAAGUUGGUUUGUUUUUAUUACUUCUGAUUGAUCAUAGGGUUGGUGGUAUUAUCUUCACAUAUAUAUAUUAUAUCUAGGUUAACUGAAAACUCAAAGAAGUACAUAAAUUACUAUCUUGUGUCCGUCUGUCUGUCUCUCUCACUCUGGUUUUAUGCUGUUUGGAAUGAAUGAAUUAUUGAAAAUACAUUGUCUAA